AUGACAGAAUUAUUGGAGACAUCAAAUUUCCAAGAAGAAGAAAAAGAUAUAUCAAAUAAAGAUCUAUUCAACCUGAUUAAAACUGUUAUUUCAAGUAACAAUGAGAUUAAGAAGCAAAAUGAUGAAAUAAAAAACGAAAUACAUAACAUCAGGGCGGACCUAAAUGAUGAAAUUGAAGAAUUAAAAAAGGAAAACGUUGUAUUGAAAGAAAGUGUCAAGGUGCUGGAGGAAAGACUGUUAGUGAAUGAGAGAAAACACAAAAAAUUCAACUUGAUUAUAUAUGGGAUGAAAGAAGAAGAGGAUGAACUACGAGAUAUUGAAUGCUUUUUAGAUAUAAUAAACAACAAAUGUAAAGUUGAGUGCAAGUUCCAUGAUCUUCGGGAUUGGUACAGAAUUGGUAGCAAAAAUCAGGAAUCAGAAAAACCCAGACCAAUAGUAGUAGAGCUCCUAUAUUAUAAACAGAAGGAAUCAAUCUUAGAAAAAGCAUCUAAUCUGAAAGGCAGUGGGAUUUACAUAUCGAAAGACUUUAUCAAGGAAGAUUACAUAAGUAGAAAAAUUUUAUAUUCCAAUUUGAAAAUUGCUCGAACCAACGACCCGGAGGCAAAAAUAACAAAAAAUAAGCUUAUAGUAAAUGGAACUAGCUAUACAGCUGAAGAGUUGGAAGAUUAUUCAUCUGAAAUCAGCAAAAAUUCAAGGCAUCAUCAUAUUGACCCCAAGAAACAUCCAAAACCACAAGAUAAGGAACAGAUACAACAAACUACGUCAUAUGUGAAAAGAAAGGACCCACCUAAUAAUUCCCUCGAGCUUCCGCCAAAGAGAAUAACAAGACAAUUCAGCAACUCUUCUAAACACAAGUUCAAAUAUCCAUACCUCUUCUUCAUGUAUCACAUUGAUUUUAUUGUUUUAUUACAUUAA